UACAGCAGGGACAUCUAGUGGAUCUAACCAGCUGUAUACAGCAGGGACAUCUAGUGGAUCUAACCAGCUGUAUACAGCAGGGACAUCUAGUGGAUCUAACCAGCUGUAUACAGCAGGGACAUCUAGUGGAUCUAACCAGCUGUAUACAGCAGGGACAUCUAGUGGAUCUAACCAGCUGUAUACAGCAGGGACAUCUAGUGGAUCUAACCAGCUGUAUACAGCAGGGACAUCUAGUGGAUCUAACCAGCUGUAUACAGCAGGGACAUCUAGUGGAUCUAACCAGCUGUAUACAGCAGGGACAUCUAGUGGAUCUAACCAGCUGUAUACAGCAGGGACAUCUAGUGGAUCUAACCAGCUGUAUACAGCAGGGACAUCUAGUGGAUCUAACCAGCUGUAUACAGCAGGGACAUCUAGUGGAUCUAACCAGCUGUAUACAGCAGGGACAUCUAGUGGAUCUAACCAGCUGUAUACAGCAGGGACAUCUAGUGGAUCUAACCAGCUGUAUACAGCAGGGACAUCUAGUGGAUCUAACCAGCUGUACUAUUGUCCCUCUAAUGGUUUCAAAGACCCCAUUGAUAUCGUGAAGGACUACAUUGCGCCCCAUGAGUACCUGGUUGAGGAGGACCCUAAGCUGUACGUAUCGGAGAAAACCCAGCGAGGACCGCUGACUGACGACUGGAUCGAACUGAUCAACCAGAACCCGACCCAGAACCCGGUCAUGUGUGCCUACAAGCUCUGCAAGGUGGAGUUCAGAUACUGGGGCAUGCAGUCCAAGAUAGAACGCUUCAUACACGAUGUUGGCUUGCGUAAGGUGAUGGUGCGUGCCCACCGGCAGGCGUGGUGCUGGCAGGAUGAGUGGUACGGUCUGACCAUAGAGGACAUCAGACAGCUGGAGCUGGAGACCCAGCUUGCCCUGGCCAGGAAGAUGGCCCAGUACAGCCUCAGUGACACCGAGGAUGGGGCAGCAGAGGCCAACAGGACCCCCGCCACACCCGACCGGGACCUGGGGAAGGGGGGAGAGGUGGAGGGAGGAGGGGUAGGGCUGGGAGAUAUGUUACAAACACGUGGAGAGCUCACCAAGCAGUGGUCGACUUCGUCCAGGUCGUCUAAUAGAUCCUCGAAGAGAGGAGGAAGUCCCAUCCACCAGAACAUCUCAGAGUGGCGGAUGCAGAGUAUCGCUCGUGACUCGGAGGACAGCACUGACGACGAGUUCUUUGACGCUCACGAGGACUUCUCUGGAGAUGAGGAGAUGUUAUUACAUGCCAAGGAGAUGAACAAGUGGAGUUCCAAUGACCUGAUGGACAAGAUAGAGACUACAGAGACAGACGAUGGCCAGGAGAGCCUGUAUCAGGAGUCGGGUGAAGAGUAUGCAGUGACCAGUAGUGAGGAGCGACUCCUUGAGGAUGGGUCGUCUCAGCAGUGUCUGACGCCCUCCAAGAUCCACGUUCUGGUUCUGGUCCUUCACGGGGGUAACAUCCUAGACACUGGAGCAGGUGAGCCAAGUAGUAAGCAGGCUGACGUCAACACUCUGAGCGGAGCGUUUGAGACAGUGAUGAGGGUGCAUUACCCAGCAGCCUUAGGACGCAUUGCCAUUCGCAUGGUCCCCUGCCCGGCGGUGUGUGCCGACGCCUUUUCACAGGUUUCCAAUCUCAGUCCCUAUAGUUAUGAUGAGGGCUGCCUCUCCAACAGUCAGGACCACAUCCCUCUGGCUGCACUGCCUCUAUUGGCCACUUCCGCUCCGCAGUACCAGGACGCCGUGGCAACCGUCAUCCAACGAGCCAAUCAGGUGUAUGGAGACUUUAUCAGGUCCUUGGAAGGGGCAUCCUUCUCCGGACAGGUGUGUGUGAUCGGGGACUGUGUAGGUGGCAUCCUAGGGUUUGAUGCGCUGUGCAGCAGUAACGUCACCGUCUCAGAAAGCCAGAACAGCAGCAGACGAGGCAGCACCGUCAGCGUACAGGACACAGACCUCCUCUCCCCAGGCAUCAUAAUAAACAGUGUCUCUCCGUCCUCUCCGUCUUCUCCGACUCUGGAGGGCAGUCGCCAUCUUAGUCGCAGUAACAUCGACAUCCCUCGCAGCUCAGGGCCUGACGACCCCAAGAGAAUGCUUCCUCGCAAACGCAGCGACUCCUCCACCUACGAACUAGACACCAUUAAACACCACCAGGCAUUCCUGUCCAGUCUUCACAGCAGUGUAUUGAGAACAGACCCGGGUUCAAGGCGCUCCAGCGGCAGUACCAUGCCAGACGGAGGGAGGCUGGACUUCGAGGUGGCAGAUUUCUUCCUUUUUGGUUCACCUCUGGGGCUGGUGCUGGCACUGAGGAAGACUGUGGUGCCGUCCAUAGAUGUCUCAUCAUUGCGUCCGGCCUGUCAGCAGCUGUAUAACCUGUUUCAUCCAGCGGACCCCUCUGCCUCCCGCCUGGAGCCCCUUCUAGAGAAGAGGUUUCACCAGCUGCCCCCCUUCUGUGUCCCCCGAUACCAACGCUUCCCUCUGGGGGACGGACAUUCGGCUCUGCUGGUGGAGACUAUGCAGAGUAACCCCCAUCUCCUGUUGGAGUCAGUACCCCUGUCAGUACCCCUGUCAGUACCCCUGCGUUGCCAGGAGGGGGGCGUCAGUGAGACCUCCAUCCCAGUCCCUGUACUCAGCUGGCCCCAACAGGCCUCACAGCUCAACGACACGGAUGUGCUCCACUCCCACUGUGGUGUGUUUGUGGACAGCCAGUACCCGUCCUCCCCGCUGACCGGACCCCCCCACCCCAGGGGCCCCCGUAGGUCCAGCGAGGCCAGCAUCGCUAGCCAGGUGUCAGGCAUGGCCGACUCAUACACCGCCUCCAACAUCGCCAACACUACUAAACGCUAUAGCAGUCCGUCUAAGAAGCUGGGGCUCCUCUCCCAGCUAGCUCUUUCUAAACUCCCAUUGAGGAGCCCCUCUCCACGAGCCAGGAAGAAGAUACAACCCUUCCUUACUCUCAGACGCACCGACUCAGAGCAGGGUGACGUUGAUGUCACCUCUGACGUCACUUCCUCUGAUGUCUCCUCAGACCUGCCCUCUGACUUCACUGAUGUCACCUCUGAUGUCACUUCUGACAUCACCGAUACGAACUCUGACCCUCCGUCGCCAGACACACUGAUGGACAUAGAGCAAGUUGCGUCUCGGUGGUGGGGCAAUAAGCGGAUGGACUUUGCCCUGUACUGUCCUGAUGCCCUCACAGCCUUCCCCACUGUAGCCCUGCCUCACCUUUUCCAUGCUUCAUACUGGGAGUCCACUGACGUCGUCUCCUUCCUACUCAGACAGGUUAUGAGGCAUGAGAACUCUAGUAUUCUGGAGCUGGAUGGUAAAGAGGUGACAGAGUUCAAGCCUUCUAAACCCAGAGAGAAAUGGCUCCGCAAGAGGACACACGUCAAGAUCAGGAAUGUUACGGCCAACCACCGUGUGAAUGAUGCUGUGUUCACCGAGGAUGGAACACAGCUGGUGAUGGGACGCUUCAUGUACGGACCUCUGGACAUGGUCACUCUCACUGGGGAGAAGAUUGACAUCCACAUCAUGACCCAGCCCCCCUCAGGAGAGUGGGUGUACUUCGACACCGAGCUGACCAAUAGCAGCGGACGCAUCUCCUAUGUCAUCCCAGAGAGCAAGAGGCUCGGCAUUGGAGUUUAUCCUGUCAAACUGGUCGUCAGGGGUGACCAUACGUCUGCGGACAGCUACCUGACGGUGUUGCCGCGGGGAACAGAGUUUGUAGUGUUCAGUAUCGACGGCUCGUUUGCUGCCAGUGUGUCCAUCAUGGGCAGCGACCCCAAGGUCAGGGCUGGAGCUGUAGACGUGGUCAGACACUGGCAGGACAUGGGCUAUCUGAUAGUGUAUGUGACGGGGCGUCCAGACAUGCAGAAGCAGCGUGUGGUGGCCUGGCUGUCUCAGCAUAACUUCCCUCAUGGCAUCGUGUCCUUCUGUGACGGCCUGGUCCACGACCCACUCAGACACAAGGCCAACUUCCUCAAGGCCCUCAUCUGUGAGGCCCAUAUGAAGAUCUUUGCUGCGUACGGCUCUACUAAGGACAUUUCAGUAUACUCCUCAAUAGGCCUGCCCCCAUCACACAUCUACAUAGUGGGGCGGCCCACCAAGAAGAUGUCCAGCCAGUGUCAGUUCAUCCCAGAUGGCUAUGCGUCCCAUCUCUCCCAGCUGGAGUACAGUCAGAGGUCUCGUCCCGCCAAGACCGCCAGCGCCUGUAUUGUCCUCCGUAAGGGAAGCUUCGGACUGGGCGCCGCCGGGGGAGACUACCUCCGCAAGCGCAACCACAUCCUGCGCACCAUCAACCCAACUGGGGGAGCGGGUUCUAGCUCCUCUGGCCAAUCAGGGCGCACGGAACGCACGCUGAGCCAAUGUGAGGUGGAGAGGGAGAAAGCAGGAGCGGGGACCCAGAGGAGUAUGAGUAUAGCAGCUGGGUGUUGGGGCCGCACCGGGAGCACCAAGGAAGAGUCAGGAGGAUUACUCAGCCCCAAGUAGGGCUCACCCGACUGGGCUACAGGGGGGGGGACCCUGCCUGACUGGACCUGAGCACCAUGAUCUCUGGACUGGCCCUGAGAGAGGAGGAAAUAUGGUUAAGAGAGAGAUAAAGGAAAUUAUAGGAUGAAAGAGGGGAGGGAUAGGGUUAACUGAGGGAUGGAAAGUGAGAGGGAGAGGGAGGGAAAAGGGCAGAGAGAGGGGAAGAAGCAGGGUGUCUGGGGAAAUGGAUAUAAAGCCAGAAAGAUGGGAGGUGCUCUAACUUUGAUGUAAAUGAUCUAAAGACAUUUCUACUGUAUCAUGAGAGUCUCACAGUCAAGACUUUUAUAUUACCUACCUUGGCCACUAAAAGAAAAGAACUGGAAGGAAAACUAAAUGACAAACAAACUAUCGUAAGCCUUAAUCGUUGCCCCCUGGGGGCCUGGAGUGCACACCCUCAUCCGAAGAAUGGUUGAAUUUACUCUCUGCACCUAGAGGACAAUGGGAAUUCACACACACCCCAGCUCAGGACAGGCCCGGACAGUGGAGCCACCAAAAGAAGGGUCAAUGGUGACCUGGAGGUCAGGGUGGUCAGUGUGUAGCCAUGGCAACAAGCCAACAACUUCACCUCUGAUUUCACCUCCCUUUAUCGCCACUGAGAUACUGUCAACAAAGAAGCACCUUUACCCUAAAGAAAGAGCGAGGGAAGAGGAGAAGAAAGAGGGAGAGGGGUAAAUGGAAAGAGGGUGGAUACCGAGAGAUGCAAGGCAAAAGGGAGGGAGGGGCAAGGUUAUGGAUGAGGUGUAUAAUUUCCCUCUAGUCUCUGUUCCUGGAGUAUUUCUCUCUACUGUUUUCAGUGUGGUACUACACAGUGAUUUGUACUGUCAACAUUGGCUCUGCUCCAGUCCUUUUCUGUCAAUAACAGAGUAGCUACAGUACAGUACCAUGUGUCUCAGUAUGGCCUGUGGGCCGUCCCAGGCCUUAAACACCAACGACAUGUUUAUGAGUCAGACUCUGAAGGAACCCAGGACUGAGCUAAACAAGACUUGGCUUUGAUAUAACAGAAGACAUAAGUGACACUUUUAAACUCUGUGCAGACAGAGUACAGCAACAAUCCCUUUACCAGACCAUCUGCUUGCAAUACCUUUGAGCCACCAGUGGUGGACAUUGUCGCUCUCCUGCCCAAAUUUACCAUAAGCAUGAUGCUGUUGGUAUUCAUUCAGUUCAUCCUGCGGCGCCCCCUAGCGCUCAACCUUUGUCAUUACACACCAUCCAGUGACCACUGGACUUCCCUAUGAUACUCUGAGGAGUGAGGUCUUUCAUUUUUGAGGGAUGGGAUUAAUGCUAUUCAUUAGACAUUACUACAUUGCAGUCUGGAUAAAGACAUGCUUUGAUUACACUUUAUUUUACUGUUCCCCUAUCCUGUUUUACUUGGUAGUAAUACCUCACGAUAGACACCAUCUGAUACCAAGUUGUUUCAAAUUGUGAUUACUUAUCUGAAGUACCAGAGAAUAUACAAUGUUAUUCCUUAGCAAAUACCAGCUGUUAUAGGACUGUAAAAUAAAGUGUUACUGAUACCUUUACUUAAUCUAUGGCAACCUGUACACAAAAUGAAAGAUGAACACCUAACGGAGAAGCAGUAGUAGUGUUGGCACCCUUUUCUCUCAUAUUGUCCUGUUUUCUGGCUCCUACUGGUUAGCUAUUGAUAUGAGAGAGUGUUGCUUUAUUAUCGACUUCUAUUAUAUUCCCAUUACUAAUCACACAAGCCAACACAUGGCCAAAACACCAAUCUCUCUCUAACGGUUGCAGUAGCUCAACCUGUUCAACCUCGUUGUUUUUAGCACUAGUUUAUGGUGGAGAAUCUAGUUACCAUCUCAUGUAGCUACAUAUUGUUACCUUUGUAGUGCAUGAUAUAAUAACUAUUAAUUAUUGCAGGGUAUGUGUGCUACAGCAGUACUUACGCUCGUGUACAUUCUUCUUCUUCAUUACUGAAUAAUGUAAUUAAUGUGCCAAAAACAAGACAGUUGUUGGUUGGGUGUGGAAAGCUAAUGUACCAGGCUAUAUCCAACCUUUCCUUUGUGUUGUGUGUGGUGAGAUGAGUUGGAGCUUGUUGCAUUGAGAGCAUGACGUCGUGGCUUUAACUGAAAGGCUGUACUGUUCUAUACUGUAUUUUAAAGAUGUAAAUCAGAUUAGAGAUAUGAAUUGUAGAUCUUUUUUAAUCCAAUAUAUUGUCCAUAUCUAAGUAAAGGACAUAAUUGCUGAUAUAGAAUGUGGUUAUGGUUAUACUUAUGACUUGAGCGCUUGUAAGCUCUAGCAUGUUGCUUUGAUUCUAGGGACAUGCUACUAUUGUCAACUACAGUAGGGUGGCAGGUAGCCUAGCGGUUAGAGUAUUGGAACAUUAACCGAAACGUUGCUUGUUCGAAUACCUGGGCCGACAAAGUUUAAAAAAAAUCUGUUUAUAGUGCAUUCGGAAAGUAUUCAGACCCCUUGACUUUUUCCACAUUUUGUUUAG